AAGGCGGCGGGCCUACGUCACUUCCUUUCUCGUCUAAGCUAAGAUCAUGGACGCCAGCCGCGUGCAGCCCAUCAAACUCGCCAGAGUGACUAAAGUGCUCGGCAGAACCGGCUCUCAGGGCCAGUGUACCCAGGUUCGUGUUGAGUUCAUGGACGACAGUAACAGAUCCAUCAUCAGGAAUGUGAAGGGCCCAGUCAGAGAGGGAGAUGUCCUGACCCUUCUAGAAUCUGAAAGAGAAGCAAGGAGGCUUCGUUAGUGUGCAUUUGUGAAGAGCUGCAGUGAUGGACCCCCUUCCCGAAUGGCGGAGAGUAGAGGAGUUAACAUCAGCCCGCUGCCAGCUCUUUAUUCAGACGUGUGCAGAUUGAAAUAAAGUUCUUUCAAAUUUA